AGUUCGCCUUCGAUCUUCUUCGAUGAUGUUUAAGUCAUAGUUGAAAAUAAUUAUAAAUAUUCUUUAUACACAGGCCCUUGCGAGCGAUGACACAUAAAACAAACGUAAAUUAAACGCGACGUUUCAAAUUUCCCGCUCUUUCUCGCGCAUGCGUGUGGUUUGUGCUGUGAUUGGCUGUGCGACGAUACCUUCGAAAAAAUCAUGAGUGAAUUCAGUGUCAGUCGAUCUGCGUGCAAUAGCAAAGGUAGCAUGAUUGUUGUAUCGAACCGGUUGCCGUUUGUUUUGAAAAGAAAUGAGAAAACCGGCGAAUUGGAGCGGAAGGCCAGUGCUGGUGGACUGGUGACCGCAGUAGCGCCGGUUGUCAUCAGGGGCAGUGGAAUCUGGGUCGGAUGGCCCGGCAUCCACCUCGACAAUCCUAAUGAAAAAAUACCUGAGUCAGAUCCUUUGGAUAAAACACCAACAGCUGGACUUCGAUCAAAUAAGAUCGUUGCCAUCCACUCAGAUCCGAAGCUAUUCGACAGCUACUACAAUGGCUGCUGUAACGGCACAUUCUGGCCUCUGUUCCACUCCAUGCCAGACCGGGCCACCUUCAACGCCGACCACUGGCGCGCCUAUAUGAAGAUCAAUGAAAUAUUUGCGGAGAAGGCCGUGUAUGCCCUCAAACUACUCAAUGAGAAUAAGGAGGAUAAGGAGAAGAAUGGAAACUCGCCGCCCAUUGUCUGGGUUCACGACUACCAUCUUAUGCUGGCAGCUAAUUGGAUCAGACAGCGCGCUGAAGAAGACGGUAUAAAAUGCAAAUUGGCGUUUUUCCUUCACAUCCCCUUUCCUCCAUGGGAUAUCUUCAGACUCCUGCCCUGGUCUGAUGAAGUUCUUCAAGGUAUUUUAGGAUGCGACAUGGUUGGUUUCCACAUAACCGAUUAUUGCCUAAAUUUCAUUGACUGCUGUCAACGAAAUCUGGGAUGCCGUGUGGACAGAAAAAAUCUUCUUGUAGAACUAGGUGGUCGUACCAUCUGCAUCAGACCACUCCCUAUAGGAGUACCAUUUGAUAGAUUCGUAACUUUAGCACAAAACGCAAAACCAGUACUUUCAACCAUUCAAAAAGUAAUUUUGGGCGUUGAUAGAUUAGAUUAUACCAAAGGUCUGGUGCACAGAUUGAAAGCCUUCGAAAGAUUGCUCGAAAAACAUCCUGAACAUAUCGAGAAGGUUGUGUUACUCCAAAUAUCUGUGCCGUCAAGGACCGACGUUAAGGAAUACCAGGAUUUGAAGGAAGAAAUGGAUCAGUACGUUGGAAGGAUCAAUGGGAGAUUCACAACACCAAAUUGGUCUCCUAUAAGAUAUAUUUACGGCUGCGUCGGGCAAGAUGAGCUCGCAGCUUUUUACCGAGACGCAGCCGUGGCGUUGGUUACGCCUCUACGCGACGGAAUGAACUUAGUGGCGAAAGAAUUUGUCGCCUGCCAAAUAAACAAACCUCCGGGAGUGUUGAUCCUGUCGCCGUUCGCCGGUGCUGGAGAGAUGAUGCACGAGGCUUUGAUCUGCAACCCAUAUGAACUGGAUGAUGCUGCCGAAGUUAUCCACAGAGCGCUUAUAAUGCCCGAGGACGAAAGGACUGUGCGUAUGAACCACCUGAGACGACGUGAACAGCUAAAUGACGUCGACAGUUGGAUGAAGGCGUUCCUCAAAGCGAUGGACUCCCUGGAGGAGGAAACUGAUGAUAUUGGAGCGACAUCCAUGCAGCCUGUCACCAUAGAUGACUUUGAUGAAUAUUUGUCCAAAUACAUAGGCUAUACACAGAAAUUGGCUCUCCUGUUGGACUAUGACGGGACUCUGGCUCCUAUAGCGCCGCACCCAGACCUGGCUACUCUUCCACUUGAAACAAAGCACACCCUUCAACGUCUUUCUAAUAUGUCCGACGUUUACAUUGCAAUCAUAUCUGGGAGAAACGUCAAUAACGUCAAGGAAAUGGUUGGCAUUGAAGGCAUCACAUAUGCUGGGAACCAUGGCCUGGAGAUUCUUCACCCCGAUGGAAGUAAAUUUGUUCAUCCCAUGCCCAUGGAACUGCAGGAUAAAGUAGUCGAAUUACUGAAGGCAUUGCAAGAGCAGGUAUGUAGGGACGGCGCGUGGGUUGAAAACAAAGGCGCUCUUCUGACUUUCCACUACCGUGAGACGCCGAUAUCAAAGCGCGCUGAUCUGGCGGAGACCGCGCGGCGCCUGAUCAAGGAAGCUGGCUUCACUCCCGCGCCUGCGCACUGCGCCAUCGAGGCCAAACCACCCGUGCAGUGGAACAAAGGUCGCGCAUCUAUUUACAUCUUGAGAACGGCGUUCGGUCUGGACUGGAGCGAAAGGAUCAAAAUUAUAUACGCAGGAGAUGACAACACAGACGAAGAUGCUAUGCUGGCUUUGAAGGGAAUGGCGGCAACAUUCCGCAUCGCAUCAUCCAACAUCACGAAGACAUCGGCGGAGCGUCGUCUGUCCUCAACCGACUCGGUCCUGGCCAUGCUCAAGUGGGUAGAACGACAUUUCUCCAGACGCAAGCCGAGAGCUAACUCUCUCACUUACAAGAGCGCAAGAAUGGCUAGAGACACCAUACAGAUGCACGUCUCUUAUCAGCUCCCGGCGAUGGCGAAGAACACACCCCCGCGAACUCCGGAAGUAUCCUCUGAUAAAUCUAGCGGAACUGAGUCCAGCUAAAUGCACAAGAAUCCAUACCCUGUAGUUUAUUAUCACUUCUCAUCAUUAUUGAGACGACAAUCACACUAGAUAUAUUUCUAAGCGUCCUAUCUUUGAUAAAAAAAGUAGAAAAACUUUGAUACAAUAAAAUAAAAAUUGAUUUAUUACUUGUCAAGAAAUAGACAAAGGUAUCAACAUAACAUUAUUACGAAUACAAUUUAAUUUAUACGGAGUUACCUAUCCAUCCUAAUAUUGGAGUUGUAAUCUUAUAGUUCAUUAAUUUCAUUCACCAAGAGACAACAUGUGUUUCUUUCAUUGUGGUUAAAACAAACCUCAUAUCAUGAAUCCAUUUUUUAAGCCAAUAUUUUGAUACACGAAAUAUUGAAAUUUUUGAUUAUAUGAUGAAUAUGGAACUUUUUUAAUCUUUACACUAUACCAAAUCAUACCUAUUUAAGUAACUGAUUCAUAUAUAGAGACAUAUAACGCUCAAAUUGUGACUGUACUUGUACUACUAAAUUACAAUAUUAUGUAAAUAUAAUACAAGGUACCUAUUUAUAACCAAUUAUAAUAUUUUUAAACAAGCCACUAAUUAGUUACCAUUUUUAGCUAAACAUUCUAUGGUUGUGUGUUCAAAUUAAGUCUGCAAAUUACCGAUUACAUAUCCAUUUCUUUUUAUAAAUUUCUGUGUUACCCCUGCCCGUUGGAAGAGGGACGGAACCUUGUCAUAUUAACGUCUGACGUCAUCAAGAAAGUGGUACUUUUGAUUGGUAAUUUUUGAAGUGUCUGUCUGAAACGUUGUGUAACUACGUCACUAACAUGGCGGCGUCAGUCAAAGGUCAAAGCGCGGGGAUUAGGCUAUAUUUCCUUUUUUACAUUCGUGAAAACAUAGAAACUCAAAAGAUAAAAGUAAAUAAUAUUUCUGCACAUAACGGCGACUCCACACGCCCCAAAUAUCAAUCACAUAACGUCUGCACGCAAUACAAAUUUAAACAAGCGUGUGGAUAAUCUCCAACAUUUUAGUCGGACAACUUUUGGUUUGUGCAUAAAACCAACAACAUUGCUGAUUACUAGAGAACAUGAAAAGUCAAUCACCCACCCAUACAUUCUUGCUUGAUUUUUGUGUGUACUGUUUAGACGAAGUUGGCCAAGCGUGUGAAGACGGCUUAAGUUUUUGUUUUUUACUGUUACCUGGAUGAACUGCAUACAAUUCCACUCGUUUUCAACAUACAAACCACGCAAAUUGGUACAUUUAUGUUAGUAGCUUUAGUAUGUGUAUCUACUCAUACAUAAUAUAUGCCUUCAUUUUUGGUGUAUCUACGUAAUGUUAAAAAUACUUUGUAAGGGAUUACAUAAUUAAUGGUUUAAAAAGUAUGUAGUGAUUAUAGAAUUAAAUAAGAGUACUGUUAUAUGUCAAUCUCUUUGAGUUCCUAAGUGCAUUAAUGCUAAAUUGAGUGUUGUGCACAAUAUCUUGUUAAUGUAUUUGUCUUUAACAUUUUAUAUCUUUUUGUGGGUUAAACUUGGGUACUGUCUAUUCUUAUGGCAACACCAUUUCAUCAAAUAAUUAUUUAUUUGCUCACGCUCAUAUAACUGAAUGCGGUCAGUUGGAAUCUGUAACUAUUUACUAUACGGAUAUGUAAUUAUCCAAGAAUCACGUAAAGUCUCAAAAAAUCUCUAGUCAAACACACGGAUGAGUAAAAAAAUAAGGACAACGUGUCACCUUACAUAGCAGUGAGGUACCAAAACAAGCCUGUAAACGUGUAAAUACAUAGCCCCACGCACACACUUACACUAAUAUAAGCCGAUCAGCCGCCAUUAUGAGAUUUGCCAUCGUCUGUGACAGAUCAGUUUGCGUCGCAUUAAAAUAUUUUAAAAAUGUAAAAACAUUACUAUAAAAGUAUUUGUGGAUAUAUAAUUAUUAAAAGGUGAAAAAAUUAUGUAACUGGUAUACCCCGUAACCGCACACACACUAGCAUAAAGGUGCUUCACUUGCUAAUAUCACGGCGCGGAGUCCUUCUUUUUUUACUAGUCCGUUGUCAAACAUGACAUAUUGUAACUUCUAGAGAAUGUUGAACUGUGCCAGUCAAAAUCAUUGAAUAACUAUUUCACAGGCCAUUAAAAACCACAGAGUAAAUAUAUUCAUCUAGAACUUGAACUUCAAAAACUGUUCAAAUGACAAUUUGAAAUAUAUAACCUACUCACUUAAUCGGCUUUUUAUAUUAUGUAUAUAAUGAUUUAAGAGUGUUUAAAAUUACCUAGUCUAGCCAUAUUAGGGAUUAUUGUACUGAAUGUCUCGAAUUGUAGUAAAUUAUGUAUUUUUAGAGCAAUGUAUGUUUGUAAUUUUAAAUUAAAGAAAAUGCUUCAAUGGACAACAAA